AUGGAAAGAGGUAACAUGAGUUUUCCGAACACUUUUGUCCUGUUGUGCUUCUCAGAGUUUCCCUGGCUGGAGAGGCCCCUUUUUGCAGUGGUCCUGGUCUCCUACAUCCUCACCCUAAUGGGCAACAGCUCCAUCAUCUUCCUCUCCCUGGUGGAGCCCAGACUCCAGACACCCAUGUACUUCUUCCUGGACAACCUCUCUCUGCUGGACCUCAGUGUGACCUGCGCCAUUGUGCCCCAGCUGCUGACCAACUUGUGGAGACCAGACAAGACCAUUGCUGCCUGGGGAUGUAUCACACAGGUCUAUAUUUUCAGCUGGACAUCUUGCACUGAAUGCAUCCUACUGGCUAUGAUGGCCAUUGAUCGCUAUGUGGCCAUCUGCUGGCCCCUCCAGUACACACUCUUCAUGCGACCCUUGGUGUGUGUGCAGAUGACAGCUGCCUCCUGGUCCAGUGGCCUGGCCAAUGCUCUGAUCCAAGCCACUGUCACUCUCCAUCUCCCCCUUUGUGGUCACCACACCCUGGACCACUUCUUCUGUGAGAUACCUGUGUUCCUCAAGCUGGCCUGUGGGGACACCUCUGUUCAUGAGCUGGCCCUGGCUUUAGGAUCCAUCCCUUUUCUAAUGGUGGCUCCCCUCAUGGUGGUCAUCUCCUACAUACUCAUUGCUCAGGCUGUACUGAAGUUUCCUUCAGCUGAAGGAAGGCGCAAGGCACUCAGCACCUGCAUUUCCCACUUGCUGGUGGUCACACUAUAUUAUGGACCAGGCAUCUUCAUGUACUUUCAGCCUCUUAGCAAAAGUUCCCAGACCAAGUUCCUUUCCUUAUUUUACUGUGCUAUCACCCCACUGCUCAACCCACUCAUCUACACUCUGAGAAAUAAGGAUGUGAAGACAGCAUGGGAGAGGAUCCUGCAGGUGAAGUCUUUAGAAGCCAGGUGA